AUAGCUCUUAUGAAGUAUCGACCCUUUCCUAAAGAGUGAAACAGCAAACAAACCCUGUCUGAAACAAAUCUACUGUCACCAUCAUGAGCGAGAGUAACAAACAGAGUAACCCCAGUAGCAUGGUAGAGAUCAAGUAUAAAAAGAUCAGCUUCAGGGACCUUGAGUUUGACCAAGGAGACACGUUCUUCGCGAGAGGUCAGUUCGGUGAUGUCAAAAAGGCCAAAUGGAAUGGCAAAGUUGUAGCAGUCAAGGUUUUCAGUGCCGCUGACCGUAAGUGUGGAUUCUCUCCAGAGUUGGUCUCCCUCUCACUCCUACAAACUCACGACCAUAUCGUCACCCUCUAUGGAGCAUGCCCCACUGACAGCGUUACAAAACGACCAUUCCUUGUGUUGGAGUUUGCUCCCCUCUCCUUGGAGAAAAUCCUCCAUGAGUGCAAGAAGAAGUACUGGUACACUGCAGACCACGUGAUGAGUUGGAGCUACCAGAUGGCACUGGGUCUGGAGUUCAUACACGGCAAGAAGAUGCUGCACAGAGAUAUCAAACCAUCAAAUAUCCUACUGUUCCACCACGGGAGGGUGCUCAAAUACUGUGACUUUGGGACAGCCAAGAAGUUGGAGAACACUCUCAGCAACACCAAUGCAGUGGGGACCAUCCGCUACAUGGCCCCGGAGGUCAUCAGAGGCAAAUACUACACCGACCGCUGUGACAUCUUCAGCUACGGUAUUGUCCUCUGGGAAAUGCUGACUCGACGUCGACCUGUCCUUGCCAACAGCGAGAAGAGCAACAACUUCAUGGUUAUCAUGUUCGCUAUGGCACAAGGUGCCAUUCCAACCAAGAUCCCAAACCUUCCUAAACCAAUGGCACAACUUAUUGACAAGUGUUUUGACGGUGAGCCUCAGAACAGACCAUCUGUUGUGGAGAUCAGGAAGAAAAUUGGCUUCCUCUGCAAGUACAUGAAGACGGCCACUCCAUUGAUUCCUCGUCGCCAGGCCAAGUCCGAGUCCACACAUCUAACUAGCCUAUCUGACCAGUCUGACCAGUUUGUAGCCGACAAGCAGGGUACGCAGCAGCACACCCCAAGAAUUAGUGCUGACUCAGCGGUCGAGGAAGAGGUACCAAUCGAGGUAGAGAGCAAACAAAACGUACCUGCACCUGUAGAGACAACUGGCUACCAACCUCAUGCAGACGUCAGCCAUGGCAACACGGAACAAGAUGUUGAAAAGGGUCGAGACCGCAGUAAGACUGUCCCCGAGCGGCCCACCAACAUACCUCCCAGUAGCACGAAUAUCCUCGGCCCAACCGGCUACACCUCUCCCCCCAGCGGCACGCAGACUCUCGGUCGAUAUCCCGGCUACACCUCUCAAUCCUCGGUCCCUCCCACCAGCUCCCCCUCCUCACAGCCUCGCCCACAACCUACGCCACCAGGCUACAACACCAUUGGUCACUUUAGGGGACAGCACGGUCGUUAUGGACACCAGGAGUCGGAGCACGAGGUGGAGUAUGUGUCUGAGGAGCUGCUCUCGGACAAAGGCAUUCUCGAUGGCCAGUCUGAGAGAUACCAGAUUAUAGAGGAGGUCAUGAAAAGGCAUUCCAAUUUCCCGGUGGCUAGUGGGUCCUCUCAGUAUGUGAUAGCUGGUCUAGAGCCCGAGUUACAGCCCAUAAUACCCAACGAGAACAAUCCUCGAUCCAUGGAGCUCUACCGGCAGUACAGUGCAAUUUCUGAGCAGGUGAUGAGAAUAAGGAAAGACUAUGAGAAUCUAAUGGAGGAAAAUGUGAAGCUGAACAGAGAGAUGGAGAGUGACAGGAAGAAGGUGGUACAGCAGGCAGAGCUUCAUCUGGAGUACGAGAAACAGUGCAAACUCAAGGACCAACUUAUAAAAGAGUACGAUCGAUUGGACCGCGAGUACCAGGGGCUCAUGACCAAGAAUUCAGCCCUUCCCUCAACAUAACUGAACCUGUAUAAUUAUUAUAUGCUGUUGAAACACUUUCAGUUUGUUUAGAACAUUAAUUUUAUAUAUGGUAAUGUUUGCACAGUUUAUUUCACAACAGCUAA